AUGGCUUUGAGGAAGAAGGGUAGCAGCAAUUUAGAUUCACACAAGAGUUCAUCGAGCUCAAGCAGUCAACAACAUCAGCAACAGACACAGCAGCAGCAAGGAGUAGAACUAACUCCACUUUCAGAACCUUUAGCAGAACAACCAGCUGAAGAUACCACACAGACAUAUGAUUGGACUUUUGAUCCUAAUGAACCUAGAUACUGCUUGUGUAACCAGGUCUCUUAUGGUGAAAUGGUGGGAUGUGACAACCCCAAGUGUCCGAUUGAAUGGUUCCAUUAUGGUUGUGUAGGGAUCACCAACCCACCUAAGGGCAAGUGGUUCUGUCCACAAUGUGCCUCAGCCAUGAAACGUAGAGAAAAAAAGGAUCCACCACCAUCGUCAUCAUCGUCUCACAAGCAGAAAUGACUAUCAAAGAAGAUGAAGAAGGACAAAAAGAAAUCGCGAUGAUCAUUAAUGAUAUAUUCAAUUUAGUAAUCACUAUGAUAGUGCUCACUAAAAGGAGUCUAGUAAGAGUAUUCAUAUGCAUGUGUUACAUCUAAGCCUGAGUCAUAUCGAUUAUUUUGAAAACCGGUGUUCGACAGCUUUAAUUCGAUCGAACAUCGAUGCAUCGACUGUUGAAGGCCGGGAAAAUCAAGUCAAUUUUAUUUUGCUCCGGCAGUCGCGUCGAUGCGCUAUGCACGCACUGCACUAGCACUGACGACGGAGCAAAGUUCAUUUGUAUUUUCCAUGAUCACAAAACAUAAAAAAAGGCCUGGGACCAAAGCAGAAUUCUUCCCAAAAUAUCUCCAACAAUUAUAUUUGCAGAUGACAACAUAGAAGUUUAAAAUGAAACAAUAUUAAAGACAUGAAUCACGCAGAGUCGAUCUGAAUGAUUCACGCAGAGUCGAUCUGAAUGAUUCGCAGUCCAGACUCGCACACACCUAGCCGCCCCGUCCACAGCCCCGUACCGUACACUCUCUCUCCCGAAACGACAGGCGUGCUUGCCAGCCAGCAAACAAGUGCACCCAGCGGAGAGCACUGUAACUUGCCUGAGAUCGUGUAGUUGGAUCCAAAAUGAGCUCCAAAUUGAUGAUAAUAAUUAUAAUACGUAAUUUUCUCUGGAUGGUCAUUUUAAUUGGUAUUUAAUGCUGAUAUAACGAUUGUGAGGAAAGAUUGUGGAAUAUGAGUUAUGACGAUGUUCAAGAAUUAAUCCUGAUAUGAUAAUCCAUUUUUUUUAAUUGUAGACACAAGAGCAUGCGAUCGAAAUAAAUACGAAUGUCUCGGAUGGGGCUCUGAAUUCAUAUAAAUUAUUAUUGGAUGUUAAAUAAUUACGAUUUAAUAAGAUUUUAUGGCCAUACUAAGAAUAUUGACGAUGUCAGCAAAGUAUGUUAUGUUCAUAUGGAAGUAUUAAAACUGUCAUUAUUUUUAUUUUUAUUCCAUCAAGACGUCUCCGAGAAAAGAAGCACACUGCGCUUGCGCGUUAGAUGACGUAUGACAUAUUUUGCAUUCAUGAAAUCAGAGCCGAAAGUUGUCACAAACUACAUGUAGCUUCUAAUUGAUGGAAAAAAAAAUCAAACGCAAUUUUCUCUGUUUUGUCAUGUAAAAUAUUAUUAUAUGGUGAUAUUACGAUCUUGAAAAGAGUUUCUGCAUGUUGACAAUGUUCGAGAAUCCUGACGUGAUAAUUUUUUUUUAGACAAGUGCACUCAGACUCACUCAAGUCGAUCGUCAUGUGAUGUCCGUCAUUGAAAAUUGAAAAGAAAUACAACGUUUCACAUCAAGCUCUAAAUGCAUAUUAAUGAUUAUCAUAUGCAAAUUAUUGUUAAAUAUUACGAUUAAAUAUUAUUCUAUGGUCAUUAUUAAGUAUUAAUAUUGUUCAUGAAUGCAAGGUAUAUUUUAUGUUGAUCGCGUCAAUUUCCCGGCAAUUUUCUGGUUUGAUUAAAGCACAGUACUGCGCAUGCACGAUCGAUGGCGAUGACUUCCAUUCAUGAAUUCAUCGUGCAUAAAUUAUCUCGGCACGAGCAGACGAGUAAGACUCGAACUAUGAUCAAAAUCAUCAAAAUAAACUUUAAAUUAAUGGUGAAUAGGCAUCAUAAUUGCACAGUCGGUUUUAUUUUGGGGGAAUAUAAAUCAAGUAUGUAGUAGUCAAGUUGCACAUUACUGAUUGAUUUGAUGAUUGUGUGAACCAAACGAAUCUUCGAUGCACCGGUUUUGCAAAAUCUGCACCGGCGCUCGAUGACAUCGAUCGAACACCAAUUUUAUAAUCGAUUCGACUCAGGCUUAGUUACAUCGUCAUAUCUAUCAAGGCUUGAAUACCUACAGUUGUAAAACAACAGGAGCACAUCAUCGCAGUGGCUAUAGAUGUUAUGAUCACCUGUGAAAUAGUCCUAAACAAAAAAAAUUAUUGAUGGACUUCAGUGGUGAGCUGCUGCAACGGAAGUGAUUUCUUGAAAGAUUGUAUUUUUGAUGACUUUUUAACAUAAUUCACCAAAUGCAGAAUGUUUUUGUUGUGCUGAAUGAGAAAAAGCCAUUCAUGAUGAUGAAGUUAUGCAAGCAUGUUUUAGUGUGUUCAAUGUAUAGUAGGCUUGAGUCAUAUUGUUUUUAUUGUUUUUGACUAUUGCCCACUAGGGAUUCUUGAUGAGACUAGCAGACCAAUAAAAAUGCAUGUUAAAGACUUGGUCAGAAAUUAAGUGAUAGAAGAGUUUGUUAUUCAAUCAGUUUAACAACUUCAUUCUUUAUCCAUAUUACAGAGGUCCAAACAUUGAUUUAAAAAAUUGAACAUUUUUGUCUCGUUCGCCUGCAUAGCAGAGCGAGACUAUAGGCGCCGCUUUUCUGACGGCGGCGGCGGCGUCAACAUCAAAUCUUAACCUAAGGUUAAGUUUUUGAAAUGACAUAACUUAGAAAGUAUAUGGACCAAGUUCAUGAAACUUGGACAUAAGGUUAAUCAAGUACUACUGAACAUCCUGCCUGAGUUUCAGGUCACAUGACUAAGGUCAAAGGUCAUUUAGGGUCAAUGAACUUAGACCAUGUUGGGAGAAUUAUUUUCAAAAUCUUAACCGAAGGUUAAGUUUUUGAAAUGACAUCAUAACUUAGAAAGUAUAUGGACCUAGUUCAUGAAACUUGGGCAUAAGGUUAAUCAAGUAUUAGUGAACAUCCUGCUCAAGUUUCAGGUCACAUUACCAAGGUCAAAGGUCAUUUAGGGUCAAUGAACUUUGGUCAAGUUGGGGGUAUUUGUUGAAUUACUAUCAUAACUUUAAAAAUUCAUGGAUCUAGUUCAUGAAACUUGGACAUAAGGUUAAUCAAGUAUUAGUGAACAUCCUUCCUGAGUUUCAGGUCACAUGACCAAGGUCAAUGGUCAUUUAGGGUCAAUGAACUUUGGCAAAGUUUGGGGUAUUUGUUGAAUUACCAUUCUAACUCUGAAGUUUAUGGAUCUAUUUCAUAAAACUUGGGAUAUAAGAGUAAUCAAGUAUCACUGAACAUCCCCUGUGAGUUUCAGGUCACAAAACCAAGGUCAAAGGUCAGUUAAGGUCAAGAAACUUAGGCCAUGUUGGGGUAAUUGUUGAAUUGCCAUCAUAACUUUGAAAGUUUAUGGAUAGAGUGAAUGAAAUGUGGACAUGGGUGUAGUUGACAAGUCUUAAGUCACCGUUCAAAUGUCAUCUAUGGUCAAUGAACGUGGUAUUAUGUCAUUAUAUGAAUGGUGUUUUUGUAAAUGAUUAUCUUACAGUAGUUUUCAAAGUUAGCACUGCUGCUAUAUUAAAUUGCGUAAUGCAGGCGAGACUGCCAGAGGCGUUCCACUUGUUUAUUGUAUGAGUGCCUUGUAUUUUCAUUUGUUUCCCAAUGUCAUUGAUAACUAUGAUGUUAUGAGGUCAAUAUUGUUAGCCUUCCUUUGAUGCAGUGAUACCACCUUUUGAUUCUGGGCAUCUUAACGAGAACAUAUAGGUUUCAUGACACUAUCGACUACCAAGGCAUAUCUGAUCAUUUCUUACCCCUAAAAGGACUGGGGGCCGUCAUCCCCCCUCGACGCUUUGCUUGGCUUUUCCAGAACACACAGGGAUAGAGCCCCAAAAUUGUAUGACUUUUUUCUUUGAAGUCUCGCAACUUUUGAGACCAAAUUUGUGACGUACAGGUAUAGCAUCGCGAUGCCACAUGACUUUAUGUGACAAUGACAUGCCAAGAAUGGCUCAUUUUUAUACUUUGUGUACAAAGUCUUUGGGAGAUAAUUCAUAAAAAUGUGACUUUAUUUCAUUCUAAUUGGUCUGCUUAAUUAAUUUAAAGUUUGAUUUAGUUGUUCAAUUAUCUGUAAUAAUUUCCAUAAAAAAUGAAAAAACAACGAAAAACAUAUCAAUUAUAAAAACAAAGAAAUAUAAUUUUCACAAUUUUUCUUUGUGGAAACCUGUAAAUGAGAUUACAAAGAUGAUAUCUAG